AUGGAGCCCGGGCCGCGGCGGCGGCGCAGUUGCCUCCACCUGGUCUCCACUUUCCUGCGCGACCCGGGUUCAGGGCGCGUGUACAAGCGCGGGAAGCUGAUCGGCAAGGGCGCCUUCAGCCGUUGCUAUAAGCUGACGGACAUGUCCACCAGCACCGUGUUUGCUCUCAAGGUGGUGCCGCGUGGUGGAGCCAGGGCCUGGGGUCUGUGCCCCUUUGGGAAGGUGGAGAGAGAGAUCGCCCUGCACAGCCGCCUGCGACACCGCAACAUCGUGGCCUUCCACGGACACUUUGCUGACCAUGACCAUGUGUACAUGGUAUUGGAGUACUGCAGCCGAAAGUCAUUGGCUCACGUGCUAGAGGUGCGGCAGACGCUGACGGAGCCAGAGGUACGCUACUACCUGCGGGGCCUGGUCAGCGGCCUACACUACCUGCACCAGCAGCAUAUUGUGCACCGAGACCUAAAGCUCAGUAACUUUUUUCUGAACAAGAAUAUGGAGGUGAAGAUCGGUGACCUGGGGCUGGCUGCCAGGGUGGGGCCAGGGGGCCGAUGCCACAGAGUGCUCUGUGGGACCCCAAAUUUCCUGGCCCCAGAGGUUGUCUCCAGGAAUGGGCACACCUGCCAGUCAGACAUCUGGGCUCUGGGCUGCAUCAUGUAUAUGGUGCUGACUGGCGCCCCACCCUUUGUGGCAGCUCCCCUGUCAGAGAUGUAUCAAAAUAUCCGAGAAAGCCGUUAUCUGGAGCCUGCCCACUUGUCGCCCAAUGCUUGUCGCCUUAUCGCCCGCCUGCUGGCACCCAACCCGGCUGAGCGGCCCAGCCUAGACCACAUAUUGCAGGACAACUUCUUCACGCAGGGUUUCACUCCGGACCGGCUGCCACCCCACUCCUGCCGCAGCCCUCCCAUUUUUGCCAUUCCUCAGCCUCUGGGCAGGCUUUUCCGGAAGGUGGGCCAGCAGCUAAUAAGCCAGUGCCGGCUACCCUGCCCCUUCACUCCUGAUGAAGACUCAUGUCCUGGAGAAGAUGGUCCUGACCCUGACUCCAUGGACAGGGUCAGUGAGAGAGGGGCUCCCAGACCUGAGAUCCCUGUCCACCUGCUCACCCAAGGGAUCCUCCAGAGUGACCCAGCUGGGCCUGAGGGGAGCUCAAGGCAUGAGGUGGAGGAGGCCAUUAGAAACCUACAGCUCUGCCUGAACCCUGGACCCCCAGCCAUGCGGAGCCCCCCAAGGGAGCAACAGUCCAUCCUCUGGGACCCAAAAUGGGUGCAUUAUUCCAGCAAGUACAGCUUUGGCUACCAGCUGUCAGAUGGGGACAGUGGUGUCUUGCUUUGGGAUGGCACCCACGUGGCCUUGUGUCCCCCAGGGGGUAACCAAGUCAGCUACAUGCUUGACCGAGGGAAGCUGGAAAUCUUUGCCCUGAGGGAUGUGCCCAGCCUGCUGGGCGCCAAGCUGGCUGUCCUUUGACUUGCUGGCUUCAUGCUGCAGCGGCUUUGAGAGGAGGGGGGCCUGCCUGUGCCCACCUAGUCUGCCAGCCCCAGCCUCCACCUGCUGUACUUUCUUGCAUUCCAGAGGGCCCUGCUGCUGCUCUUCAGUGAUGGGACAGUGCAGGUGAGCACGGGCCCUUAUCCUCAGGAGCUCCUGGGGGGUCAGCAGUCAGCUGCAGUGGAGACCAGGUUCAACUGGUGCUGA